AUGAAUAUAAUAUUACAAACGAAAUCCCUUGAAGAAUUUCGGGAUAAGUUGGAAGAAUUAGAAAGUGGAAUCGGUGAAGAAACUAUCUUCAAGAUCUAUAAUUUAGUCCAUCCAAUGACAGGGGAUUCAAAAAUGACGACCAAUAAUAACAAUAAUCCGUUCCUUAUAGUGGAAAAGAAGGAAGUUAUCCAUAACCCGUUUACUCUACCGGAUCAGAAAGUUGAGUGGAAUGAUUUGACAGACAAUAAAGACAUUCUCCCGCCGAAAUCACAACAACUAGAUAGUUCACCGAGACUUCAUAAAAUUUAUAGAGGUAAAGUUAGAAAGAUCACAACAUUUGGAUGUUUCGUGGAAAUAUUAGGAGUACAAAUGAAAGAUUGUGAUGGCUUGGUUCAUAUCUCUGAAUUAUCUGAUCACAGAGUCAAAGAUCCCUACGAGGUUGUUGGAGAAGGACAGUAUGUGUACGUUAAAGUGAUAAAAAUACAGAGAAAUGGUCGAAUUUCCUUGAGCAUGAAACAUAUUGAUCAGAAAAAUGGUAAGGAAAUGGGUGGAGGUGCAAAUGCAAUUCCUUUAGGGAAAGAACGAGGUAGAGGUCAUGAAAAAUCGAAUCAAAAUAUAGGUCUUGAUAAAAGCAUUAAACGAAGAGCGUUGACAUCUCCAGAAAGAUGGGAAAUUAGACAAUUAAUAUCUAGUGGUGCAGCAUCAAUUGAAGAUUAUCCUGAACUCCAAGAAGAAGAUAAAAAUAAAGCUUUCGAUCCAAACGCCACUGCAGAUGCUGAGGAUGUACGAGAAGACGAACAAGAAGCGGACGAAGUUCAAGUCGAAGCAAAUACAGACGAUACCCCAGAUUUCUUAAAAGGUCAAUUGGAAAAGGGUAAUAAGAGAUAUGAAAUGCCAAAGAUUGUCAAGGUACCGAGAGGCUCUAUGAAUAGAGCUGCUACCUAUGGUUCUAAUACAAUUAAAACUCAUCGAGAAGAAAAGUUAGCCAAGAAGAAAGAAAUUGAACAAGAAAUCCGUAAAAUGAAAGUUUUUGAUGACCCCACUAGUAGUUCCGAAAGGGGCAAAGAAGAAAUCGAUAUGCUACGGAAGCAACUUGUCGUUACAGAAUGGGAAAGAAGUAGAAUGAAGGAACAAAUUUCGUAUGGUAAAAGAACAUCAAUGCCCAUAAGCUCACAGAGAAAAUCUUUGCCAGUGUAUAAAAUGCGUUCUGAACUUGUUGAAGCUGUUCAAAAAAAUCAAUUUUUAGUCAUUGUGGGUGAAACUGGGUCUGGUAAAACGACUCAAAUAACUCAAUACCUAAACGAAGAAGGCUUCAGUAACCAUGGAAUCAUCGGCUGUACACAACCACGUAGAGUUGCGGCAGUAUCCGUGGCCAAAAGAGUUGCAGAAGAGGUUGGAUGUAAAUUAGGUGAAGAAGUUGGUUAUACUAUUAGAUUUGAAGAUAGGACGUCGCGUAAUACACAAAUAAAGUAUAUGACGGACGGUAUGUUACAAAGAGAAUGUCUUUUAGAUUCUAAAAUGUCGAAAUAUUCCGUUAUUAUGCUAGAUGAAGCACAUGAAAGAACUGUGGCAACGGACGUAUUAUUUGCACUUUUGAAGAAAGCAGCAAUCGAGAGACCCGACUUAAGAGUUAUUGUUACUUCAGCUACUUUAAAUUCCGCAAGAUUUUCAGAAUACUUCAAUAAUUGUCCCGUUGUUAAUAUUCCCGGUAAGACUUUCCCUGUUGAAGUACUUUAUUCACAGACUCCACAAAUGGACUACAUAGAAGCAGCAUUAGAAUCAGUGAUGAAUAUUCAUAUAAACGACGGGCCCGGUGAUAUUUUAGUCUUUUUAACAGGUCAAGAAGAAAUUGAUGCAUGUUGUGAGAUGCUUUAUGAACGUGUAAAAACAUUAGGUGAUGCCAUUGAUGAUUUAUUAAUUCUUCCUGUCUACUCAGCAUUACCGAGUGAAAUUCAAUCUAAGAUUUUUGAGCCAACCCCUAAAGGCAGCAGGAAAGUUGUUUUUGCAACGAAUAUUGCUGAAACUUCUAUAACCAUUGAUGGAAUCUUCUAUGUUAUUGAUCCUGGGUUCGCUAAAAUCAAUACAUAUAAUCCUAGAGCGGCCAUGGAACAAUUGAUCGUGUCACCAAUUUCACAGGCACAAGCCAACCAAAGAAAAGGUAGAGCAGGGAGAACAGGUCCGGGGAAAUGUUAUAGAUUAUAUACAGAAACUGCAUUUUACAAUGAAAUGCUACCGAACAGUAUCCCAGAAAUUCAAAGACAAAAUCUUUCGCAUACAAUCCUAAUGUUAAAAGCGAUGGGUAUCAAUGAUCUUUUGAAUUUUGACUUUAUGGAUCCACCUCCGAAAAAUUUGAUGACUUACGCACUAGAUGAACUAUACAAUUUAGAGGCAUUGAAUAAUGAAGGGCUUUUAACCAAGCUUGGUAUGAGGAUGUCUCAAUUUCCUAUGGACCCGACAUUAUCGAGAGCCUUACUUUCGUCUGUCACGAACAAUUGUUCAGAUGAAACUAUAACGAUUAUAGCAAUGCUAUCGGUACAAAAUGUGUUUUCAAGACCAAAGGGGAAGCAACAAGAUGCCGAUAAUAAGAAGGCAAGAUUCCAUCAUCCAUAUGGCGAUCAUUUAACAUUGUUGAAUGUUUACAAUCGAUGGGAGCAAAAUGGAUAUUCAGAUGAAUUUUGUAAUCAAAAUUUCUUACAAGCUAGACAUUUGAAACGGGCUAGAGAUGUUAAGAAUCAAAUAUCAAUGAUUUUCAGAAAAUUAGGAUUACCCUUGGUAAGUUGUCACGGUGAUCCAGAUUUAAUUAGAAGGACUUUAGUUAAUGGAUUUUUCAUGAAUGCUGCAAAAAGGGAUUCACAAGUAGGUUAUAAGACUAUAACUGGAGGUACAGUUGUCGGUAUUCAUCCAUCAAGUUCAUUAUAUGGUAAAGAGUAUGAAUAUGUGAUAUAUCAUAGUUUGGUGUUAACGACGAAGGAAUAUAUGUCUCAAGUUACUAGUAUUGAACCUAGCUGGUUAGUUGAAUUGGCACCUCAUUAUUAUAAGCCUGUAGAUUCCGAAAGUGUUUCGAGGAAGAAAGCUAAAAUCACUCCGUUAUAUAAUAAGUUCUCAAAGGAUCAAAAUUCUUGGAGGUUAAGCUCGAUAAGACAAUCUCGUGAAAGAGCAUUAGGUGUCAAACGAUAA